UACGAACCGGUAUAAAAGACGAAUCGUGCGUCGAGGAAGCAUAGUUUGCUCCAAAAAUUUUCCGCAUGAUGAAAGUCUUGCUCGGAUCCGUAGUCCUUGCGACGAUCGUGGUUUCUUGCAUCGCGACCUGCAGUCCGGGAUUAAAUGGUCGAGAAGAUUGGUACCAGUGCGAGGGAUUGAAUCAGUUAAACUUGCAGAUACCAGCAGGAGCAGCAGUGAUCAACAUCGUAAAUUCGAACAUCAGCAGAAUAAAGACGGAUUCUUUCGCGCAAUACUCUAAUUCGUUGAUCGAGCUGAACAUAACCGGAUGCGGCGUGGAAGAAAUCGAACCGGACGCGUUCAGGGGGCUCGAUAAAUUGCAAGUGCUUGGUUUGGUCAACAAUAAGAUCCGCAGGAUCGAUGCCGCGUGGAUUAGAGGAUUAUCGAACCUGAGGGCGUUAAUCCUGUGGCGGAAUCGCGUCGUCGAUAUAGAUUCUGAAAUUUACGAGCUGCUGCCCGAGCUACAAGUUUGGGACAUCGCCCAUAAUGACCUGCGCGCGUGCUUGUCGCCGGACAUGCUGAAGAAGCUGAAGAAACUCCGGAAAAUCUUGAUCGCCGGGAACCCGUGGUCUUAUCGAUGUCGUGCAUCGAUGACCUGGUACCUAGGCAGUAAUCACAUCCGUUUCAUCAAGGACUGGAGCAUCGGUGAUUUACUGAUCGAGGAAUGCCUGGCUCACGAGCCGGGGGCCGAUAAAGUGGACGCGAUCUUGAAUAAAUGCGUCGAUCGAAUGGCGGGAUCCUCCGAUACGUUGCCAUACGACGUCGGUGGACUGAACGAGCAGGUUCGAAGAUUGUCGGAAAAAGUGUCCGCGUUGGAGGACCAGGUGCUCGCGUUGAAGAAUUCGAGAACGUGAUAUUUCGUGACGGCUCGAAAUACUCCAACAAAUUCUGCGGCUACGUUAUGAAGAAUGAUUCUUAACGCGUUCGCUGCCUUUUGUGACAAUUUAUUUGUUAGUGAUAAACAAAUUGAUGCUUCAGAUCAACUACCAAAUUAGUCGUGAUUCGUAAUUUGAACGUUUCUGUCCCUCCCAACUGGGGUGGAUAGGGUCAGUUGUCCUAAUAUGGAAUACAUUUUUUUAUACACAU